CCCUGUGUAAUAAGAAUGUUAAAAGUAGCUUUAGGCAAAGUAGACUUUUCACUUAAACAUUUUGGUUGCACUUGUUCUGUUCGGAAUAUUAUGAGGAGACCAAAAACAAAAUUACCCGAUCAAUCUACUAAAGGUACAAAAUUGAAGCGCUAUGAAGUUCCUCCGCAUAGAAUUGGGGUUGUAAAAAGUUGGGAUUCUAUUCAUACAGGAGGUUUAAAAGGGAGUUACUGGGCAGCCGAACGACUUGCAGAUGACAUAAUGAUUCGUAACUUUAUUGAAGGAACAUUUUACGAACGUAUAACAAGUGAUGUAAUAAUCAAAAGACGUCUUAACACAAUCAUCAUAUGUUUUUUUGUAAGUGGCCGUGAAACGAAUACAGCAAAGCUUUACUUUUUGAAAGGUUUCUGCGAAAAACUUUUAGAAAAAAUGAUGGGCUGCCUUAUAAAAAUAGAGUUAUGGACAGGUCCAGAAUUUGUGUAGAUCCUGUUUCCCGGAUCGUUAAAUAUUCAUUGAAGAAUAUACUGAAAGAAAAAACAUGUCAGUUCCAAAAAUAUUAAAUAAUGGAAUGAAAAAAGGUCAAUAGUGUCAAAUUUUUUAGUGUUUUAAAUUUAAAAUUAAUUGUAUAGCAAACAUUUAGUUAAUAAUAAACUUUUGAAAUGUA